GUUUAUUUUCCUCUCAUGUUUUUCACCCCUGUCCAUCCAUGCAUGGAGUGCAUGUGAGCGGUGAUACAUACCCCUACAAAUUAAGAACAAGUUGCUGCAUGGCCCCAUCGUUAUCUCUACCUCUGCAUUGUUAUAUCUACUCUGUGACUAAGGUUGCCAGUACUCAUGAUGACAGAGUAGUCGAGUAGGUUGCAGCUAUAUACGCAACUAGUGAAGAUGAAGAUGAAGAUGAAGAUGAAGAAGGAAGAGAGAGAAGGGAAGAACAAGAAUAAGAAGAGGAAGAAGAAGGGGGUGGUGAAUGUGGUAGUGAACAAAGGAGCAUGGACUGCAGAGGAGGAUCACAAGUUGGCGGAGUACGUCAAGUGCCAUGGUGAGAAGAACUGGAGAAUCCUUCCUGCGAAAGCUGGACUGAAGAGAUGUGGCAAGAGCUGCAGGCUGAGAUGGCUGAAUUAUUUGAGGCCGGGCAUCAAGCGAGGGAACAUAACAGAUGAGGAAGAGGAUCUUAUCAUUCGACUUCACAAUCUACUGGGCAACAGAUGGUCGCUGAUUGCUGGAAGGUUGCCAGGGCGGACCGACAAUGAGAUCAAGAACCAUUGGAACACUCACUUAAGCAGGAGAUCGAUGUCCAUCGACGCCCUCAACCUCAAGUUGAAGAGCGACGUCUCGGCUCCGCCGCGAGGGAUCAUCCCGGAUCGUGACUCGCAACGCUCAGUUCUACAUGGAGCAACUGUUGAUGGCGAGGCCUCAACAGAUGAAUGA